GCAAAGGGUUCCUCUUCUCUGAACCCAACAAGCGGCCGAGGCCCGGUCGCAGGCAAAGCAGCAAAGCCGUAGCGGAAGAGAGGGCCGCAAUCCCAGAUGGACACCGGCGAGCAAGCCGGGGAGGAGUCGUCGGCCAACCGCCGGGAGCGCCUCCUCGCCCUCCGCUCCUCCGCCGCCGCCGCCGCCGCCUCCAACUCCUCCUCCUCGCCGUCUGCCGCGCCGCCGCCGCCCGCGUGGGAUCUCCCGGAGCCCGACCUGGCGCCCACCUCCUCCGCCCCGCGCCCGCGCUCGCGGUUCGACUUCUACACCAACCCCGGCGCGGCCUUCUCCUCCUCCGCCGCCGCCGUCCCGCAGAAGCGCAAGAGCGCCGACCCCCCGGGCCCCAAUCCCGCCCCGGCCCCGCCUCACGGGAACUCUGGCAACAAUUAUCCUCCUCCACACCAGCACCAUAUGGCCCAAUCUCCGAUGGAAGGUGCACCAGGGAAUAGUCCAUGGAGAAGUCCUAUGCAGUUCCAGACUCCUAUGUCUGGAUACCGAGGAACACCUCCUGGACCUCCACCUCACUGGAACCCACAUUCUGCUUCUCCAGCUCAAGAUCCGUAUCCACAUCAACCCAACUUUGGGUUCAGAGGCCCUAAUGUUGGCCGAGGGGGCAGCCCGAUGAAUUAUGGACCAGGAGGUAGCCCGAUGAAUUACGGACCAAGAGGUAACCCGAUGAAUUACGGACCAGGAGGUAGCCCGAUGAGUUACGAACCAAGAGGAAGCCCGAGGAGUUAUGUACCAAGAGGUAGCCCGCACUCGUCUUCCGGACGUGGCAGGGGCGAGAACUACUACCACAGCCCAGGUUCGAGAGGAAGAGGGGGAAGGGGUGGCUUCCAGAACCAUUCUGGUUCGCAAGAUCAGAGGAACUUCUACAGGAAGUCUAUGGUUGAUGAUCCUUGGCAGGGCUUGCAGCCUAUCGUUGGCAGCAUACUGAAACCCAUCGAUGACGCCAAGUCCUGGCUUCCAGAGUCAUUGCGCAAAAAGGAGACACCUAAUCAAGGCCGAACAAUAUCAAAUCCAACAUCAGGGUUGAGUCUGGCAGAAUACCUCGCCUCGUCUUUCAACGAGGCUUCUAACGAGUCUAAUGAGAUGUGACGUGAGCUCUUUGUCAGGGCUUCCUUUUAGCAUAAACUUUUGUACCAUUAGGAUUGCUGGUGUUCCUCAGCAUACAUAUAUUUAUCACCUUUUAAUUUAUUUCUCCUGCAUCUUAGACUGCUUCUUUUGGGCUAGAUAUAAACAUUUUGAUCUGCGAUAUCUGUAGUACUGUUUAUCCACUUCUGUGGCCAUCUUGUACCUUGGUCUAGGGUGAUGUAUGACAUACCCUUUGAGCUUGUAUUGUCCUAUCAUUUGCUGUAUAUUUUCAUGAGCUAAACCUAAAUUUUGAUAUCA